UAUUUGUUUAUUUCCAUGGCAACCAGUGUGGAGGAAGAAUCCAACGUGGUCGGCUGGAUUGUGCAGGGACUCGGUCGCAUUAUGCCACAGCCUGUUGUGAAACCAAAAGAGGACACUUCGGAUACAGUUCAGAGCAUCUGCAUCCUGCAGGAGGACUUUGUGCAGGACGAAAACCUGGUUCUGGAGAGGGACAUGGUGCUGGAGGAAAUGGACUCAGACUGGGAGCAGCAGCAGGUGGAGCAGGGCUGUUUGAUCCAUACUGAGUUAGAGGAACAGUCUGAAGCUCAGGUGGAGGAUCAGAUUCGCCCUCUGCUGGACAACCUACACAACACCACACCUAAUAUCCUGUUCACACAGCAGGAGGAUGCUGAGACUCAAACAGAGCGCUGGACUCCUCUGAUACAGAACAUUAGACGUGAGGCUGAGGAAGCCGCCUUGGUCUCCUUGCAAGAGAGGCUGGAGCGUGAGCAUCUGGAGGCGGCGAGGAUGGCAGAGGAGUUGGCACGUCAGGCUGCUGAACUGGCAGUGAGACAGCUGGAGGAGGAACACACUGUAAUCAGAGUCACAGAGCCAGGAAGCCUGUCUGAACCAGACAGUGGAGAGCAACUCUCCAACAUCCAGGAGGAAGAGAAUGAAGAUGACCCCGAGUUACAGCCGCUGCGUGAGGAGAGUGAGGAAGACAGCGGGGAGAGUAAAAAUGCUGAGUGUCUGGUGGAUAUGGGCCCUGUUGAGGAGCUUGAAAUACACAAACCUGAGAUUACAGAGCAGAUCCCACAAAAGGAGGAGUCACCAGAGCCACCUCCUCUGAAGGAAUCCACACCUGCAAGUCAACCUGAAAUAGUACACACUCCACCAUUAGAGCCAGCUGUUCAAGCAGAACCUGAGGGAGAAGAUCCUGCAAAAGCAAAGAGCCCUUCACCUAUAGUGUCUCCAGUGGUAACCACUCAACCUGAAACAGCUGUUUCAUGUCCCUCUCCUCCAGCUGUUAUACAGGAAGAUGAGCCACUUCAAGAGGAAUGUGGAGAAUGUCCUCAUCUGAAUGUAGAGGAAGUCGAUGAUGGAUCCGUUCCUACUGUGCCUCAAAUUGUUGAACCCCAAGAGUCGAACGGUGUCACCCUCACUAUUCCUAUUCCUGUGAUGGCCACACAGAGCAAAGCAGUGCUUGUUGAGAGGGUUACCCAGGCAGACGAACAAAUUGAAGAGGGUGAAACGGAGAAAGAGGAAGAUCUGACCAGCCAGCGUGGCCUCCUCACUGUGGAGGAAGAAGAGCGUCCUCUGUCUUCGGCAAGUCAGACAAGUGUUGUGGUUAACGAACGUCUGCAGGAUCUGAUCAAGCUGUUUAAGGAGCGAACAGAACGAGCUAAAGAGAGACUGAUUGACCCAGAUGAGUCUGAGGAAGAGAGUCCCUCAGCAACACCUUCCAAAAAGGCCGCUGCCGCUCCACCUCCUCCGCCUCCACCCCCAGAGGAGAAGAAAGAUGUUCCUGCUGAUGAGACUGAAGAGGAGCAGUUCCUGGAGUUCAUGGGCUACCAAGUCAAAGUGCCCAAGAUUCCCCCGAUGCCAGACUGGAUGAGAGCCAUCGUGGAGUAUCGUUUCCCUUCCAGUAUCGAUCCUUACACUGAUAUAAUCUAUGUGGUGUGGCUGUUUUUCGUGAUGUGUGCGUGGAACUAUAACGUGUGGCUGAUCCCUGUGCGUUGGGCGUUCCCAUAUCAAACCCCAGAGAACAUCCACCUCUGGCUGCUCGCUGACUAUUUCUGUGACGGCAUCUACAUCCUGGACAUCACGGUCUUUCAGCCCAGGCUACAGUUCGUCCGUGGGGGAGAUAUAGUGUGUGAUAAAAAGGAUAUGAGAGAAAAUUACAUGAAAACAGAACGAUUUAAGAUGGACAUUAUCAGUCUGUUUCCCCUGGAAAUUCUGUACUAUUUCACAGGGGUUAAAUCCAUUCUGCGCUUCCCACGGAUUUUAAAGUACAUGGCAUUCUUUGAAUUUAAUGAUCGUCUGGAGGCCGUGAUGAAAAAAGCCUACAUUUACAGAGUGAUCCGGACCAGUGCGUACUUGCUCUACUCACUACACUGCAAUGCCUGUCUGUUCUACUGGGGCUCUGAUUACGAAGGCCUCGGCUCCACUAAAUGGGUCUACGAUGGCAGAGGCAACAGUUACAUCCGCUGCUACUACUUUGCUGUAAAAACCCUGAUCACAAUCGGAGGCCUCCCAGAUCCCACCACGGUCUUCGAAAUCGUCUUUCAGCUGGUCAAUUACUUCGUGGGUGUGUUUGCUUUCUCGAUCAUGAUUGGUCAGAUGAGAGAUGUUGUAGGAGCAGCUACUGCAGGUCAGGCGUACUACAGGUCAUGUGUGGACAGCACGGUAAAGUACAUGACUGCUUAUCGCAUCCCACGGGAGGUUCAGAACAGAGUCAAGACCUGGUAUGACUAUACGUGGCAAUCGCAAGGCAUGCUGGAUGAACGGGAUUUGCUCAUCCAGCUGCCUGAUAAGAUGCGCCUGGACAUCGCAGUGGAUGUGAACUACUCCAUUGUCAGCAAAGUGGCCCUCUUCCAAGGCUGUGACAGACAGAUGAUAUUUGACAUGUUGAAGAGACUGAAGUCUGUGGUCUACCUCCCUGGGGAUUAUGUGUGUAAGAAGGGUGAGAUCGGCAGGGAGAUGUACAUCAUCAAGGCUGGAGAGGUGCAGGUGGUUGGAGGCCCUGAUGGUAAAACUGUGUUUGUGACUUUGAGGGCUGGAUCUGUGUUUGGGGAAAUCAGCUUGCUUGCUGUAGGUGGAGGAAACAGGCGCACAGCUAACGUGGUGGCACACGGCUUUGCUAACCUCUUCAUCCUGGAUAAGAAAGACCUCUCUGAGAUCAUGGUGCACUACCCUGAGUCUCAGAAAAUACUGCGCAAGAAGGCUAAGAAAAUGCUAACGAAGGAUAAGAAGCCUCCGGAAGAGAAAGGUGCGGGUAAGGAACCUGGUCAGGUGAUCCCAACACGGCCUGAGACUCCCAAACUGUUUAAAGCCGCCCUGGUGGUGGGCAAAGGAGAAACAUUCACCAAACUGAAGGAGACGUACAAAGAAAGUGAAGCCACACUAAAGACCUCCGGCACCACGGCAGCAUCCACCACAGCAGCGCCCGUGCCCCCUCCCUCACCCAUUCACCGUCGCUCACCCAUUCAGCGCACAGUCACACAGGACGACGAAGACAUGGUGGCAGAGACCACGGACAGCACGAUGAUCAUCCGCAUAACCCCACACCAACACGGAGAGGAGAUCCUGAGCGUGGAAAUGGCGGAGGGGGAAGAAGAUGGAAAGACCGAGCAGGAGGAGAAGAAAGAAGAAUAGACGUAGCAAGAAAGGAUAAGAAGUUAGGACUGGGAAAUGAAAUGAAAUAUGGUGAAAUAUCCUAAACUAUGCUAUUUAAUUACAAUUUGGGAUGCUUUUCUGUUUUAAAGCCAUAACUGUGUUUAAAAUGAGACGAGCUUCACAGGAAGGGAAGUGUGUGAGAGUUUUCUGGAUGCUGAUUUCUUUUAGCUCCUAUAAAACACACUGCUCUGAUUGCAGGGAUUAAGCCUUUCCCUGCUUUUAAACUGCCACACUGUCUUCCAUUAUAGCUUUAGCUAUAAGUAAGCACUGAAAUACAGACAUAUUAAUAUACACAUGUUUUCUGGCCCUUACAGCAAAGUGACAAAGUGACUCAAAGAGAGAACUUUCACAUAUUGUACAGACAUAUAGAGAGAGGAAAGGGACAGGAAAUGGGAGGAUUUUUUUUGCAUUGUUUCUCCCACCCUCUAGUAGACCCGAGACAGGAAGUGAAAAAAAAAAGGCGAGAAUCUAGGAAACAAUACUGAAUGAGCUGAUUUCAUUCAACGGACUGAAUAAUAACCGACUCUUCCAAAAAAUCUCUGCAGCAUAAAAGUUGCUCAUUAUGUAAGGGAUAUAAAGAUGUUCUUUGUGUUGACUCAUUUGUGUACAAGAUGGAACUGUAUGAUUAAUUCCUUUUGUUCCGCAGCCCUGAAUCGGUUUGGUCAGAAGGAGAUUCAUUUACUAGAACAGUCAUUCAAAUCCCAGGUUAAUUAUAUGAAGGCACUCAUUCUUUUACGUUAUUGCUUCCAUAGUAACACUGGGACUUGUAUGGAGGGUGCACCACAAUAAUAAUAAUAAUAAUAAUAAUAAUAAUAAUAAUAAUAAUAAUAAUAAUAAAAAUCUAAAAAAUUUAUUUAAAGAUUGUUAUUUAAUAAAGAAAAUCAAAUAAUCACUGAUAUGGAAGGAGUUUCCAGUUACAGCCCUUUGUAGCAGUCAUCAUUCAGGAAGUCUUUUCUUAGUAAAAAACAGAGAGGCUUAUGAAGGGGAGACUUGUGUUUAUCGCAGUUAUAACAUAAAUGCUAACAAGAUUAUCAGAAAAAUAAUGGAUCACAUCUCACAUUGGGCUGCAUCUCAAGAGCUUACUGUUUAUUAUUUUCCUGUAACCGCACACUACAUCAUGUUUUACCUGUUUAUUUUCAAUUGCCAUUGAACAAUGUGACAUCAUCAUCCUCUAUUCUACAAAAUUACCAUUAUACUUUUAUGACUUAUUUCUGUACCAUGGAAUAUUCUCAUACUCCUAAGCUGCCCGUCGUGAGAUAUUAUAGCUCUCUGUACUUGUAGGUAAAACAUGUAUAUUUUAGUGCAUUCACGCUACAGGGUUUCAGCUAAAGAGCUUUAAGUCAAUAGACUUAAUGCAGUUGUUUGUUCUAGUGCCGUAUGUGAAGGGCAGCACAGAGACAAUCUAGCAAUGAUUAAUAAGCCUGGAAUAUUUGAGAAGUCCAUUCGGCUCAUAUGAAAACAGAGGAAGUCAGCAUAUUCAUUCGUAUUUUGAAAAUAAUUCUAUCCAGGUGUGUGCUUGCAUUUGUCUCAUAAAGAAACGAACUUCCUUUAUUGUAUUAAAAUGUACAUAAUUGCUUUACAGGAAUGGCAUAGCAAACGAAUGUUGAUUAUAUAUUUUACACAUUGUUUCUAUUAAAAUGACAUUUUGGUAUAAACGCCUGUACAUACUAUAGUUGUCUGGAGCCCUAGUACUUAUUUAUAGAAGUAGAUUUCAGUAGUGCUUUGAAUUCUAUUUUAUUAUAUUAUAUGGUCUAAAAAAUGUCUAGAUAUCUGCUUAAGGUCUUGUAAUCAUUUUAUUGAUUUGUUUAUUAUUUUAAUUGCAUGUGAGUGUCAAUGUAGUGUGUAUGCUUUAAUAAAAGUAC